GGCCCGCCCACGCAGGUAAGCCGCUGGGUCUCCUCCCACUUUUGGUGACGACAGCGACCGCCGCCAUUUCGUGUGACCGAGCAGCGAGGAAGAGGCGGCGGGCGGAGGAAGAAGAGGAAUCAGCAGCCGGGGACAGAGAGAAGCGGGUGAGAAUGGCGUCACAUACCCCCUGCUAGCCCAGCCAUGACAGUGUGUGGGAUCAUAGCAAUAUAUAGCCUCAUAUAAUAUCUGUCAUUAAUUAUUAUUAUUAUUAUUAUUUAUAUAGACAGCUCUGUGAUCAGGACAUACAGUGUGUGGGGUCAUAGCAAUAUAGCCUCAUAUAAUAUCUGUCAUUAAUUAUUAUUAUUAUUUAUAUAGACAGCUCUGUAAUCAGGGCAUACAGUGUGUGGGAUCAUAGCAAUAUAGCCUCAUAUAAUAUCUGUCAUUAAUUAUUAUUAUUAUUAUUAUUUAUAUAGACAGCUCUGUAAUCAGGGCAUACAGUGUGUGGGGUCAUAGCAAUAUAUAGCCUCAUAUAAUAUCUAUCAUUAUUAUUAUUAUUUAUAUAGACAGCUCUGUAAUCAGGGCAUACAGUGUGUGGGUUUAUCAGGGAUUAUAUUGAUAUAUCUGUAUGGGGACACACAGCCAGCCUCACAUAAUAUCUAUAAUUAUUAUUUAUAUAGAGAGCUUUCCAUAGGAGCCUGGAUUAUUAGAGCUCUCAGCUAUACAGUCUGUGGGUUUAUCAGGGAUUAUAUUGAUAUAUCUGUAUGGGGACACACAGCCAGCCUCAGAUAUUAUCUAUAAUUAUUAUUAUUUAUAUAGAAAGCUCUCUAAUCAGGGGCCUGGCUUACAGCUCUCAGCCAUACAGUCUGUGCUAUAACUGGUAAUACUGGCAAUAGAGCAUGAAACAGCCAGCCUCCUAUAUUAUCUGUAUUUAUUAUUAUUUAUAUAGAAAGCUCUCUAAUCGGGGGACUGCUUUAUUAUAGCUCUCUAAUCAGGGCAUACAGUCUGUGCUAUAACUGGUAAUACUGGCAGUAAAGCAUGAAACACCCUACCUAUAUGGGUUGUAGGUUUCAUUUAUAUAUAUUUAUAUUGGGUCAAGAAUGGUCAUUUUAUAAUUAUAUUCACGUGUCAGUGAUAUUUAGUAGAAAUCAAUGUGUUCCUGCGCAUUUAAAGUUAUUUUUAUUGCUAGCAUUUAUAAAGCGCUGACUUAUUCUGCAGUGCUGUACAAUUCUGUGAAAAGACCAUACAAUUUCAACAGACCAAUACAAAGGGGUGUGUGUGUGUGUAUCUCUCUCUGCCCCCCUCAUUUUUCUGUAUGAAACUCCGUUUAUGUAGCUCUUUAUAGGCUACUUAUAGGGGUAGGCAAUAUUCUGCAUGAUAGACAUUUUGGACUACAUUUCCUUGGAAGCUUUGCCAGCAUUUAUGUCUGUAAGAGCAUUAUGGGAGAUGUAGUGCUCAAUAUCUCAAGAGCUGAAGGUUGCCCACUCAUGUGCUGCUAUGAUAAUUGAUAUUUUUUUAUAUGAUAUGCACAGGUUAUUUUGGAUUUUAUGUUUGCAAGCUGUGUUAUACUGUGUGUGUAGUUUGAUUUAGGAAUUUAGAAUGCUUGAUACAUGUGGAUUCUAUAAAGAAAUAAAACCACUCUUGUAGUAAGGAAAUAACCUUUGAACUCUUCCACAGUACAUUUCUAUGAGGAGUGUUCAUGGUUAUCUGUCAGUAAAAGCUUGUGUGCUAAAGGUUGACUAUCAGUGACCUAGACAGAAAAGAAGUAAUGUGACAGGAUCUGCAUUGAUCAGUGCACCUUGCAGUCCGGAAAUGGCGAUGAGUUGGAGUAAGGUUACCUGCCUUGGUUAAUGAAUAAUGUUCCCUUAGUGGUGAAUGCUUAGUAAUGCAUUAUACAUGAGGCCUUUAUUUUCCCAGUUAUAGAAGGGUCAUAGUGAACAGUUUGGGAAUUUAAACCCAUUGGUAAUGGAAUAGUCUCAUGUCCCUCUACAAAGUAAUUUGCUGUCCUAUAUUCUUAAAGCAUUUCUCCGACCCUUUUUUGUACAAUAGAGAAUAAUGCCUUAGCAUUUUUUUGUUUUCCUCAAAGUAAAUGCGUUAAGAUUUGUUUAUCUCAAUGCAAUGCCUGUUGAAGCCUCCCUGCGCUGAUAGUCAAAAAUCCGUGUGAUAUCACAGGAGCCGCACUGAUGUCCAGCCGAAGUUUUCUCAUAGAGGCAGCAUUUGAUUGAAAAAGGGCUCAGAGCGCAUGCAUGUGAGCCCGCAGGAAGGCAUCUUUCCCUCCGCACACAAUUAAAAAUCUCUCUGAGUGUGCAAUGUUUCAAGCUGAAACACUGCAUAUUCAGACUCCUACCACCAUGACCACUUCAAACCACAGAAGUCAUCAUGGUGGUUGGAGUAACCCAUUAAAUAUACUUAGCAACAUGUGUACAUUAUGCCUCUUUUUAUAGCCACUCUCUGGACUUUGAGCCUCCUCCAGUGACAUUUGCUCAGACCAGCAAUUGGAUGAAAACCCUCAGCAAAUUCCUGAUCUUCCUUUCAAUGUCACAAGCUCGGUAAUUCUUGUUAGAAAUGAAUGAAUAGAUGCUUGUGUGUGCAGUACAGUAGGACUAAGCACCCUUUUCAAUGGGAGGAGGGGAACAUGUAUGUGAACAAACAUCACCUUUAGGUCACUUGUGCUUUUACUUUUUUCCCUCAAACCAAAAUUCACUGAAAAUUUCAUGUUAAUACAAUGCAGGGCACCUGAGUUCCAAAAACGGUACAGCCAUCAAUUUGGAACCCUGUGGCAAAACAAAACUGUCAUGGUUGGUAUGGAAGGGUCCCUUUAAUGUGCAAAAAGUUCUCUGCUGUUUUUAUAGUUUCCUUUCACUUUGGGAUAUUGCUGAACUGUUAACAUUUCUGAGUUUUGUUUGCUUUCUGUUUCAUAUUCAAAAAGUGAGUAAAAUUAGUUUUUCUAUAUUUUAGGCCUACAAAGCACUUGCUACGUAGGGCUUAGUUUCCUACAAACUAUACUAUUUCUUAAGGUUAUUAGACUAGCUUAAGCAAAAUCAAUAAUUUACAGGUGUAGAAAAAGGACAUUGAUUAGUAUGAUUAUCUGGUUGCAUAAAUUGCCUCUGUGUCAGUAAGUGACAUUCCAUUGUGUUCCUUUAUCGCAAUUGAUAUUGACACACUUUGUAGUUUGUUUCGUUCCUUGUGUGAUUCUGUCAGGUGUUGAGAUGUAUAGAUUUUUGCCUAGAGUGGCACUGCCAACGUCUGGUGACUUUGCAUAAUUUGCAAAGACCCUCGAUGGUGACCUCACCGCCGGGGGCAGGUAAAGGUCUGUUUAACUUGCCAGAAUCUCUCUCGCGGAUGCUACCAUCUUCUUCCAGGCGGUCAUCUCCUGCUCUUUGUGCUUUGGCUGCCAUGAUCCGAAGUCACUGCUACACUCGCGCGCAUGUGCUAGAGUACUGCAAUGAGGUCUAUGGAGGAUCACUACUUUGUCUCAGUAUAUUUUUUUGACUGUGUUGGAAUUUCAGUUGAAUUCCAACACACAGACAGUUGGGGGGGAGGGGGGUGAGCAGGAGGUGACAGUGCCACUUUAAGGACCACUAUAGGCACCCAGACCACUUCAGCUUAAUGAAAGUCCAUCAAACAUAGCAGAGAAACUGCUAUGUUUACAAAUGGGUUAAUCCAGCCUCUAGUGGCUGUCUCAUUGACAGCCGCUAGAGACGCUUCCACGCUUCUCACUGUGAUUUUCACAGUGCGAAGACGCCAGCGUCCAUAGAAAAGCAUUCUCUGGCUGCGCAUAUGGCACAUGCGCAUUCAGCCGAUGAAGGCCAAAGGAGUAGGAGAGUCCCCGGCGCUGGAGAAAGGUGAGUUUUUAACCCCCCUCAGCCCGGCAGGAGUGGGACCCUGAGGUUGGGGGCACCCUCAGGGCACUGAAGUGCCAGGAAAAUGAGUUUGUUUUCCUGGCACUAUAGUGGUCCUUUAAGGCUUUAUGCGGAGUGAAUGGUGUAUCUGGAAUAGCAGCAGUGUUUGCAUUCUCUUAAACUCCUUUUUUCUUUUUAUCUUUCAUUCAUAUUCAUCGACCGUUGACAAUCAUAUUUACAAGUCUUUGCCUACUGAUGUAUAUCCGUAAAAGCAGGACAAUUGCUCUGUAAACUAGUUUAUUAUUCCAGAUAAUUCUCUUGGAUUUUGUUAGCCAUACGCCUUUUUAUGUCUCUCUCGGUGGAGUAGGUUGUUCUUUUGGCUAUGCAAGUUUGAUGGCCUUUUGUGAUUUUUUUUUUUAUUAUUUUAUUUUAUUUUUAUUUUUUUAUACUUUUUAAGGAAAGUAAUUCUUGUCUUGCAAAAAUGUAUUGGUUGCCAUCACUAUUUAUUUUACUAAACAGUGAAUUGAAAACAUUUAAGCCAAAUCAGUUUCAAUGCAUCAGAAUUUAGUGUUUGUUACAAACGAAAAUAUUUAUUCACCAGCUAUUCAGGACUAACUCCAAACAUCACUUGUAGAUACCCCUUUCUCUCUGAGCAAGUUCACGUUGUGUAUUGUAAAACAUAAGCAAUUCUAUUAAAUUAUGAAUAAAGUCAUGCCUUUCAGCUUAAAAUUUAGUAAACUUCUGUGUGCGUGUAUAUGUAUGUUAUAUUGAUAACAGACCUGGAAGACUAUUGAAGAUUACAUCGUUGUGUAAAGAAACGUGGAGCACGUUGCUUGUUGCUCAUCUAUCACAGCUAAGUUGGAUUUUCCAGUUCUGUUUAUGCUCCUCCUAUACAUUUACCACUUCGUAUAUUUCAAGAAAGCCAAACCUGGUUUAGUUUUGCAAGUGCCUGACCAUGACAAAAGAUAUGAGGCAACUGGUUAUUCCCGUUAUUUAGUGCCUUAACAGGUAUGUUCAGUAUUUGUUAAAAGAACCCCACCCCCCUUUAAUCACGAUCUCAGUUGAAAUAUAUUUGUUGCCGAUCUCUCAAUAAAUAUAAUUUAUUCUUAAUGGGUUACUCCAGAGAUCAUAACCACUAUAUCCUGCUGUAAUGGUUCUGAUACUAGAAAAUACCCUGGCCUGGUUUCCUGGUGAUGCGUCAAACCAUUUAGCAACAGUUUUCCCGCUUGCCAGGCUCCGAUGCUCUCUGGUGGCCUAAUACAUCAUAAAGCCUUUGGCUUUUGCUGGACUGAAGAAUCCAAAGAUCGCAGUGUUUGACAUUCGUUGGCUGAGAACAUCAGCUGAUCACUCUCUGCCAAUGAUUGUCAUUCUGUGCAAUGGAAGAUCUACGGAAUUGACAUUUGUAAGCCUGGAACUCUAGUCUUGGGCUGGCUGAUGACACUGCCAGAGGUGGAGCAAAGGGGUUAAUCUCUGUAAGUGCAUACAUUUCAUCUGCCAACGUAUGCUGAUGCUGUGUGUGCUUCCAAUGCUUCUUAAGAUGCAAUUAAUUCAUUGCUUCUUAUAGGGAAGCAUUGGAUUGGCAUAUCACAAUGCCUGGAUUGGACAAAAAUCCUCAAUCUUGAUGACUUUCGCAAACCAGUAUCAGACUGCAGUGAGAAGAAGUCUGCAUUGGCACUGGAAUAACGGGAGGUUAAUUUGUGAGUUUUACCAAAAAAGGGAGGCCAUGUAAUCUAAAACAAUUAAGGAACACAGGGUACAAAAUAUUGUUUGACAUAGUUUUGCUUUACGUUUAUGUAACAUUCAAGUUACUGUGAUUGAUACAGACUUAUAGGAAAGGUGCUUUCAGAGUAAGCAUCUUGCAUGUCAUUGCAUAUGCAUAACCUGGAGUUUUUAAUUCACUUUCUGAUUUUAUUUCCUCUUGUUGUUUUUGCUCAUUUUAAUGCACUAGUAGCAAGUAAUAUGUCUUUAUAUAAAUAAGUGCCCACAGAUGGUGUGGCCCUUCCUACACCAGUAGUGUUGCCACUAAAUCCUCAGUCUCCAGUUAUGUAGCACUUUAUAUCACAUGGUGCUGAUGUGACAAAACAAUGUUGAAUGACAGCAGUUGCAAAGAUUCUUUCAUUUAGCAGAUAUGCAAAUCGCAGCUUUAGUAGUAAUAAAAUUAAAGGGACACUCCAAGCACCUGUAAAGGGCAUUUGACUUCUAAAUGUUGUGAACUACAUCUCCCCUGAUUCUCUGCGUGCAUGAAGGCUGUAAGAGCAUCGUGGGAGAUAUAAUCCACAACAUCUGGAGUGCUGUAGGUUGCCUAUGCCUGCUCUCGCUGGAUGCUCUAUCCCCUGAAGUCUGGUGUUGCUAGCCUUGUGUGGAAGGGUUUAACUCCUGAGAGGCUGAGACAUGCGCCUUGUGACUUCUUACAUGAUAGGGCACUGGGAUAUUUCUGGCACCAUAAUCACUGUGGUUGUGGUACCGUGUUUUCCUAUAAAUCGUAAAUCAGAGCUGCUUUGUUGUGGGUAUGUUUUUGAAAAUUGAAAUACUCAUUUUCACUGUGUUGGAAUCUCACUUAAAUUCCAACCCAGUCAAGAGAUAUACUAAGCAAAAGUAGGGACUACUUUGACUCUGUAUAUUUCCUUCACCUGACACUCCUAGAUGUGUCAACCCCCUUGUCCUCCGGACCCCAACGGCAAUGUCACAUUUUGGAGACUUUGUGGAUACAGCAAAGUCCACAGACCAAGGAAGUGCUGCUUUAAUAUGUUGGCUUUAUUCUUUUAUGCUGUUUCCUUACGUCAGUCAUAUGGUAGACGUUGCUAGUCACAUGUUCUCAUCGGCAAGCUGUGCAUUCCAGGAAAUGAAUUUUGAGGAAGUAUCUUUCAGUGAAUAUUAACUUGCGACAAUUGCAAAGCUUUUGGGCUUGGUCUUUGCUUAGAUUUUACUCCUCAACUGCAUAUUAUUUAUAUGAAUACGUUCAAGUGAGCUGAAUGCCUCAUUGUUCUUUUUAAGUUAUUACUUUUUGUUUGUUUUGUGAUGUCAGCCUGGCCUGUUAGACACAAUUGAGUUAGUAGGGCACUAAGCAAGUGUCUGGAUAUAUUCUUGAAAUAUCACAUAAUUUUAAUAUACCUCAAAUUAAGUGCUAAUCAUAGUUUCAUAAUUUCUUGUGUACUACAGUUGAUUUUACUCUGGGCUAGUUGGUUGCAGUGGAUGCACUUCAUUAGGAUAGUCUGUUUUAUCAUCCUAGCUAACCCUGCACUUAAAAAGGGCCUCUAUCUGAGUACUUUCAAACUGCUUUCUGAACAUCCCGAAACACUCUCUGGUUCUGCAUAAGUGUUGCAAUCUUUGGCAUUUGGGGAAAAAAAAUACACUGCACCCAACUCUGGCUACACUAUGUAAUCAUACAUGUAUACACCCCCCACAUACACAAACAUUUCAGUAUUUUGGACCCCAUAUCUGAUGGACUUCAUUAGAUCUGUCAAAAUAAUGAAGAAUAAAGUGACAUCGCCCACACAGAAUUGCGUUGCAGUCGUUUGGGGUUUAAUACUGGCCUCUUUUAUACUCCUUGCUUCAUUUUAUUGGCAUUUACUAGGACUGAAGGACUGAGCAGCUAUCACUUUUACAGAUGUAACCGUUUCUCUUUAAUUCGGCUUGUUACAAGACAAGAACUUGCCUUUCACAUUCACUGCAACCUUGUCGUGAUUGUCUCCCACAUAUGAAUCAUCAAUGAACAGCAGGGAGUAUUUAAGCACACAUUUCCAUAGGGUGUUUUGCUUAUUUUGUUGUCCAUUAAUUCAGUAUAAAAUAUAAUGUGGGUGUAAAUACAGAAUAGAGUGGAAAGCGCCAAUUAUCAUCAGGGAAAUGCAUACUGCAGAGAAAUGGAAAGAAAAAUAACUAGAAUCCCAUUGUAAAUAUUUUUUCCACCAAUAAUUUGCUAUUAUAAGUCGAGGUCUUAUUUAAACACUAAUUUAAUGAAAAUAUUUUAUUCCACAUCCAGAUUGACUUACAAAGGUAAAUGUUAAAGGGGACAGCCUAGGUAUCGUAAUUACUAGAUGCUGAUUAAAAGGUCCCUGCAUCAGUCACCUCUGUACCAUCCCCUUUUUUUCCCUCUCGAAAUAAUCAAAGGUAAUAGCCCUUUUUCUGGUGCGGAAGCUUGGUCCAUUCAGUCGCUGAUCUGCCCUUAUUUUUUGGGGGGGGGGGUCGGGGGUGUCAGCAAGCGUGCUGACAUCUCACAAACUUCUCGUCCAAUUCUAGAGAAGCAUUGAUUCAACGUUUCAUGUCCUUGUGCAAUGCGUAAGGACAUCAAACCUCAAGAACAGAAUCUGACUCUGUACUUGCUACAUAAGCAGUAGUAGUGGCUUUAAGGUAAAAGGUACCGUCUCUCCAAUACGGCAUUUUUUUACAUCUAAUAUAGCCAAUAGCAAAUGUUUGUCAGAGUAUUUUAUGUAUGCCUAGAAAUAAGUUUUUAUUUUUUUUACCUUUAUUUUAGAGGUUGAAUGAUUUUAUACCUCUUUUACAGACUCGAAUGUACAUGUGUUAAAGGAGACCUCCAAUCACCAUAACCACUGCAGCCCACUGUAGUUGUAAUACUAAAUGUUUUAAAAUGUGCGCCUUAUCUUUUUCCUGCUUGAAACCUUGAGUUUCCAUGGUGAUUUUCCUCUGAAUUUCUCCCCUCCCUCAAGUAAAGCUGAGCAUGUGUUUAGAGACAGCACUUAAAAUUUCCAGAAUUUAACGUUUUGGGGGAGAAGACGUGGGAGGGAUAUACAUAUAUAUUUUUAUUUUAAUUUUUUUUAAACAGUUGAAAAUCUAAACUAGAGCAUUAUUUAUUUUCUGUCAAAUUGUAUGAUUAGAUAGUAGCUUUGUUCAGCGCAUAUAUUGGGGCUGGAGAAGUCUGAGUAAUAAAUGUAUCGCGAUUUGUCCACCUGAUGAUUAUAUCAUUUUCAGCAUUUCUUUGUUAUUCCUGUAAUGAUUGGUGCUAGCUACUGUAUGCGUACACGCUGUAUAUCUGCAUUAUUUCUUAAGCUUCAGGCACAGUACAUUGACUGUUUGCAGGUCCACAGUUACCAUGGUAACCUCCCCACAGCCCAGCAUAUUCAGGGAUUGUCUUUCUCAAAUUUAAUGGACUUUGUAGACAAUAAACCUUGUUGGCUAACCAGAGGAAUGUACUCUGUAAAGAAAGGAGUCAUUAGGGCUGUGACGAUGGACUCUCCAGUGCAUUCUUACCCCGCCUCUCCUAGUGGCCUUGGAGGCCAGAGAAAAAAAUUAAUUGCAUAGAUAUCAGCUAAAUAUACUCAAAGCGCGAUCUGUUAUAAUCUAACAGUGUGCUUGGUUUUAAACGUUUUCAAUCAGUCUAAGUUUUGCUCUAUAAAUGUGUCCAUUGUGGGAGAAUGUAACCUUUUAAAGCUGCACUAUCACCUCCCCAUCCAAAAUUAAAGCUAAACAUCUUUACAAAGUACACUUACGGUUUUAAGAUUUCAGUGAAAUUCCAACCAAGUCAAAAGAUAUAUUGAGACAAAGUUAGGUCGGCUUUAUAGUCGGCAGGGCUACCUUUUGUCAAGCCCUCAGCAGUUAGUGACGGCUAUGGGGGGGAAGGCUCGGUCUAUGGAGGAUCCCACAGUCUUGCAAAAUUAUCCAUGGACCUUGGUGUUGUACUUUUGAGCAUGCACGUAAGUACAGCGCUGGUGUGAGCUCCUGGCAGAUAACGCGCCAGAAGCCGAAGAACACAAACAGGAAGACAAUAGCAGCGACCACGGGGGACUGGUUCAGGAAAGUACAACUCCUCUUCCACUGCACUCCUCGGCCACCGCACUGCCAGCAGAGCAGCCACUGUCAGGGAUCUUUGCAAAUUAUGCAAGGAUCCCACAUGGUGAUUGAGCCAGAUUAUUGAAGUUAUGGUGUGGUGAUACUAUUCCUGAACAAUAUGUUUGACUUGUCAGGCUGUCAAAUAAGGACCUGAAGGUGAAGCUGCUAAUUUUUCAUAUAAGGAUGAGAAUUAAUCCUGGUCUAUAGCAACUAAAGUGCCAGGAGUUGUGUAUGUUGUCCGUUGCUUUAUUAUAAUCAUACAUGUCGGUCAUUUAGCCAUCAAAAGAGAUGGAAUCUUGCAUUAGACGAAGUCUGUACUCCACCCCACAAAUGAUUAUGCAUUCGCCUCCAGUAUAUAUUCAGAAUGCUGGAUAGAUCUUUGAUCUGCAAUACAAGAUUUAUUUUGUUAGAAUUAGUUCAUACACUGAAACCAUCAGCUGACAUACUAAAUCAGUGAAUGAUGUCCAAAGUUGGAUGCAAAUUUUUGCUUUAGUAUUAUCCAAGAUUAUCAGAAGAACCAUAGAAGCCAGAGGGACACAUGAAUUUUAGACCAUUCAAAAAUGAUAUGAGUCAUUACCAUUAGACAGGGAAAUUCGGUUCCUGGUAUCAUUACUACUAAGAAAAGAUUUGCCAACAUUUUUCCAGCAGAGGCUCUUUGGUUGGUGCAGACCUCUGCCUCUAGCAACAACACUGAGGAGACGUGGGACCUGAUGCCUCCUGCACAGUGCACACAUCCAAGCUUCCCCAUAAGAGAGCAUUGAAUCAAUGCUUUCCUAUGGGGGCUUCAACGUUACUUAACAGUUUUUUACUCAGUCUGCACCGUGGAAGCGCCUCUGCUGGCUCUCCAAAACUGCAGUGUUUUACAUUGCACAAUUUAAAGGACAGGACCAGUGCACCCAGACUGCUUAAUUGAGAUAAAAUGUCCUGGGUCCUAUAAUUCUAGCUCUGUCUUUAACUGUUUUUUGCUAAAUCUGAAACCAUUCCUGUUUUUCUUUUGUUGAGAAGUUGAUUUUUAUUUUUCUUAACAGAGCACGAUAGUGUCAGGAAUACAAAUGUGUAUUCCUGACCCUAUAGUUAUAAAAUAACUGUUUAGGUUCACAGCCCCCCUGUGAAAAGAGUGAAAGAUGAUUUUACUCCCCCCUUUUCUAGUUCUGUGUGGGUCUCCUCGAGAUUGGCUCUGCCACCUUGGCUAAGAUCAUCAAACUUGAUGAUCUCAACUAAUCCAGUGCUUUCCCAUAGGAAAGCAUCGGGCGGCUAUUGCUCAUGCACUGUAAAACGCGUGCUGUGCCAAUCAGCAUUUCAUCAUAGGGAUGCAUUAAAUCAGUACAUAUCUAUGGGGAACGUUCAGCGCCUCAAUAGUGUAUGCAGUGCUGUAUCUCUUGUGGUCAUCUGAGUUACUGCUACUGUAGGUGUCCCUAGGGAGCAAUGUAAACAUUGCAUUGUCUCUGAAAAGGCAGGGUUUACAUUAAAAAGCAUACAGGGACAGGCUAUAGACUCCAUUAAAACUACAUAAGCUUUAGUUGUACUGGUGACUAGUGUCUCUUUAACGUCCAUUAAAGAUGUAUUAAACCUUUGUCUUUGUCCUAAUCUUGCUCUCCUUUUGCAUUACCAGGUUGGAAACACACUACAAUGGGGAAUAUUUUCGCUAAUCUGUUUAAAGGCCUCUUUGGCAAAAAGGAGAUGAGAAUUCUUAUGGUUGGCUUGGAUGCAGCUGGAAAGACCACUAUCUUGUACAAACUGAAGCUUGGUGAAAUUGUGACUACCAUUCCAACUAUAGGUACCAAGCCUUCUCAACUCUUCAGUAAAUGUUUGUGGUGCUCAGGCAACAGGACAUAUGCUUAACCUUUGUUUUUCUUCUCUCUCAGGUUUUAAUGUUGAAACUGUAGAAUAUAAGAACAUAAGUUUCACUGUCUGGGACGUUGGUGGUCAGGACAAAAUCAGGCCUCUGUGGCGUCACUAUUUCCAGAACACUCAGGGUAUGUAUGUAGGUUUUGGCAUUUCAACUGCAACAGUUGGUUCACGUUUGAGUGUGAACAGCAUCAAUUUCACAUGGCUGGCAAUCUGUGAUUGAAAGGACAAGCGUGUGCAAUAUUCAUGGCCGGGGUUGAAGUCCCUGGCUGCCUUCUUACCUUACAGGUUUUCAAACCGUUUAACCCCCAAAUUCUGUCCCUUGAUGACAUCCACACUGCCUCCUUUCUGUUCUCCUCAAGUCUUCCUCGCUGAUCAGGAAGGAUUGGCUUGGGUGUUGGUUAUAGUCUGACUGUGUCAGCUGAUGUUUGAAAGGGGUUUAACAUUGUGAAUUAAGGAGGGAUCUCAGUGCCCUAACAAGUUUCUGAGACACAGUUGUUUAGGAUGGAGGGUUCCUUUAACUUUAUAAAUGCUCAAUAACCCUAUGUAAAAGGCACCUUGCUGUUGCCACGCAGUUUUAAUUAUGAUGCUUAGAGCAACCCUUUAAAAUAAGACGUAUCAAAGGGUUGCUCCAAUUUGCUUACGAAACCCUAAUCAUGGGGAUUAAAAUCUGUUUCAGCAUUGUGUAUGAUUGUUUCAGUAAGUGAGUUUGCAAACUGUUUGCGUUAGCUUGGAGAUCUUCUGUCACCUGACAAUCUGAAAGUUGUUUUUCAAACACUCUGCAACUUGAUCUAAAUAAAUACACUAUUUGGAAUGCAGAUAUUAUAUUUCAAUGCAGUUUACAGUUCUUAAAAUAGAAAUUUUGAGUAAAUUUGUUUAAUUUUAUUGACCCUGUACAUCCAAAAAAAUGCCCAAACUACCAUUUCGUAGCAAUAUAAUAAAAAUAUUCACAGAUUUCUUGUGAACUCUAAAUAUAGAAAGCCACGGACCAUGUGAUCAGUUUCAAAAAAUAAAAUUACAAAUACUCUUAACGAAGGUGUAGAGCUAUAAAGCAUCAGAACUCUCAAGAUACUUUGAUUAUGCACACCUCUUUCAAUAGGGCCUCAGGUGUCAUCCGUUACAUUUGAGCAAAACUUGAGAGAAUUUUAAAAGUGGAUCAAUCCCUACCAGAACCAUGUAAUGUGUUUUUUUUUUUUUGUUUGUUUUUUUUUUUCUGAAACUUUACCUUUUUUCCACCAAAUUGUUCUACUCUGCUUCAUAGUAAACAUCCCACUUGCAAAAGAAAACAUAUAUUAUGUCUAGCAAGUGUUUUUUUUUUUUUGUGAAGAGAUACAUCAUAUGAUGGUCGUAGUGCCAUAAGUCCACUGGCUCCUUUAGGUUCCCCUUGUCCUCCUGCAUUAACAUAAGAAGUUUGGGCAUUAUUAUUUAGCAAAGAGCAACAUCUGAACAUCUCACUUUAGUUAUAGUUGUUCAUAAUGGCAUAGCUGUUGCAGCAUCCAACAGAAACAGGUUGGUGUCAAACUGUUAUAAACACCUUACUCUGUGACCGUGCCGAAGGGACUCAUGGAACCAUAAUCACUACAGCAUGAUGCUCUGUGUCCCUUCAAGUGUGCAAACUUGCACUUAUUGUCUGCCUUUCUUCUCAGUAGGUUCCUUUACUGUACUGUGAGGCACAAAUGAUAUUGUACUGUGGCUUGAUGUUCAGUUUUUGUGUCUUCAUCUGCAGGACUCAUUUUUGUGGUUGACAGCAAUGACAGAGAGAGAGUCAAUGAAGCUCGAGAGGAGUUAACACGAAUGCUGGCAGAAGACGAGCUACGGGAUGCAGUGCUUUUAGUGUUUGCAAAUAAACAGGUAAGGAUGACCCUGUCCCAAAUGUCUCUGAUUCCAAACAGUAGGUCUGUUAACUGAGCCCAAUACGCUACUGAAAAAAAGCAGUUGGUGUUUAAUGUAAGUUCACUUGCUUGUUUCUGAUCCUGUAAGCUUCCUUUUGACAUCUUGAGUUCUUAUAUAUUCAUUGCAAUAUCUCGGCAGUUUAUAAGCCUUUCUCAAUAGAGAUAUUGGUUACACUCAAUGAUAAUGAUGCAUUGUUCUGCUUAGUGUGACUUCUUAAUGUUAGUCCUUUGAGUGCUGAGCUGUUGUUUUUUUUUUAUUUCCUUUUUGCUUUCUAAGUAGUUUUCUCCCUUUUUCUCCCUAGGACCUUCCGAAUGCAAUGAAUGCUGCUGAAAUCACAGACAAAUUGGGCCUGCAUUCUCUGCGUCACAGGAACUGGUUCAUUCAGGCCACCUGUGCGACUAGUGGAGACGGUCUCUAUGAGGGCUUGGACUGGCUCUCUAACCAGCUGAAGAACCAGAAGUGAUCUCUGUGUGAACACCACCCUCCCCUUUGCCCCCUUCCCACCCAAUUCCCAUCCUGUUCAGCAUCUUGGCAGAGCUGGCCAGCACCUCUGCUGUCUCCCGGGCGGGCAUGUAAUUUCCUCGCACACACGUCUGUGUCGUGUGAGUGUAUGUGUUUGCGCGCCUGUGCGAGUGGGAGCAGCGAUCUCACACUGUGCCUUAUACAUGCUUAGCAGUAUUAAUCCCCUCUGAAAAAAAACACUACCCUUUCCUUGAAGAUCAUACGUGCAGCUCACCUCUUCCUUCACUGCUGCAGAGAGAGGUUUCCAUAUCAGUCUGUGGUAGGGACAGGCAGAUGGUUUUUCAUUAGAAAGCUUGCACUGCAGAAUUGCAGCAUAUCUUCCAUUGUCCACAGCAAUGGGAUUAAUUCUCUUGUAAAUCAAUGGGUAAAAGUGAACGCGGUAUUUUGAGAUGUAUUCGGCAACACUCUGGUCUUUUUGUGAAUAGCGCCAUCAGACCCAAGAUUCUAGUGUUUUGGGUUAAGAUCAUUACGAUUGAUAAGAAACCAUCCUGAUGGCAAUUUUCCUCUGGUUAUUGUCUCGUAAUAAUCAGUAAUUUUUCCCCCAGAGCUAUUCCAAGGUGAGGUUUUUUUUUUUUAUUAUUGUUUUUUUUCACCCCUAGAUUUCCAGCUAGUUUGGUAUUUGAAUUGUGUUAAUGACACAUUACACCUCUAUACACUGUAGCUAUUUGCACUCUAAGAUUAUAUAGCAUUGGAGGGUGGAAAGUGUGCUGCAGGUCUGUUCAGCAAUUAGGGGGCAGUUGCAGAGAUGUGUAAUGGUUAAAAAAAAUGUUUUAUUAGAAUGCCUCUUCUAAUCCAUUCCAGAGAGCCCCCAGGAAAAUGUGGGCAUGGAAGAGGAAAAUUAAUGAAUUUUACAAGCUAGAAUGCACACUACGGAUCCAUUUGUUUUAUGAAUACCUCGACCUGUUCCCAGCACUGCCAUUACACGCACACACCGCAUGGCCUUCCCAGUUUGUGGUUUUAUUCAGGCGCACUGUAACAUGAGUUUCUCAAACCGCCCCCUUCAUACUGGCGUGCAUGUAAUAUCACCAGCCUGGCUCUUUUGUGGCUCCUGAGAUGUCUGCUCCCACUCUUAUAUAUAUUUUUUUUUUUUUAUUAUUUUGUAUGGAACAUCCAAAAUUAGAUAUUUUUUUUGAUGUUUCCUACUUGGAAGGAAAUCUGUACAGUUAUGUUAUUCUAAUGUACUAACAUAUUUUUUUGUUUAAUAUACAUAUAUAAUUUUCUCCUGUUUUCUUCCUAUUUUUUUUUUUUUUUUCUCUGCCCCUCAUUGUUACAUUUAGUUAAGGAACUGGUGUUUGAUUUCAGGAUGAUGAAGUAAGGGGGGGGUGUGGAUUUGAACAGGUAUGAAAAUAACUUUGUAACCAAGCAAGUGGCUGGGCUCAUUGGUCACAGAAGCCAUAUCAAUAGGGCACAAAGACUGCAUUUCUGGAAGCCCUCUGGGCUUACAGUGUUCAGACGCUCUGGGGUAUCACCAUUUUGAAAGAAAGCUGAGCGUAUCAUAUUUUUGGUUGUAACAAAGAUCCUUGAAAAAUAAAUAAAUGAUUUUAUAAGUUUGACAAUUUACUUUACCAAGACACUCGGUAAAUAAAAUGUGUUUGUUGUUUUUUUUUUGGAAGUAUAUUUAAAAUUGAGGGGUAAGAAAGUGAUCUAAUCACAAGAAAAAGUUAAUGUUGGAUUAGCUUCAUUACAAUCCUUUUUAGUGGCUAUAGCAAGCACCAGUUCUGUAGAAAAAAAUACCUGUGCAAGGGCUUUCAGUCCGCUGGCCGCAUCCCUCAAUUUGUUGCUAGUCAUGGUCACUAGUAGGAUAUCCGUGGUAAGCGUUGGUCAACAUUUAACUGUCCACUUUUCCUUGGACUGCAGCUUUCUUUAUUCCGGUGAAGGUCCAUUAUUGAGCCAAGAUAAACCUCUGUGCGGACCCAUAUCAGUUUGGUCUAUUCCUUUGCUGUGAUUGUCCCCCCUUCCCCUCUCUUUCUUCAAUGGAUCAAUUGCAGGGAGUCGGACAAUUUACACGUGGCUAUAAUAACAUUGCAGCACUGCACACGUUUAUUUCAUACAUUUAACUUCAAAAUAGAAACAUAUGGUGUUCCAUUUAAUUUUAAAGCAUUGUCUGUUUUGUAGAAUUUAUUUCCGCAGGGAUUGGGAAAUGUAGCUCUUAACAAUUUUAAAUAUAUAUAUAUAUAUAUAAACUUAAGUCUGUAAAUGAGACCAUUUUCAUAUUGUCGCACGUAAUGAACAUUGAAGCUUUAAGGCUAUAUUUCCUUUUAUUUCUUGUAUAAAACGCAUUUAAAAAAAGAGGUGUGAAACAUGUGUUGGACCCAAAAUCGAUAUCAAUUUUGUUUUUUUUGUUUGUUUUUUUUCUAACCAUGCUGUAUUUUCUCUGAUAUGCUCUACAUUAAAAAGGUCUGUAUUGGAGUAAUUUGCGUUUUGUGGACUUUUAUUUUGUCUGCAUUAAAUGUACAUUCAAAAACACAGCAAAAAA